CUUCAUUGCUUUAAUUUUCAUAAAUCUACUUUUUGUCUUCAUGAAAUAGAAAAUACUUCUCGAAAUACCCCAUAUUACAUUUUCUACAGGAUAAGCAACGAAUCCACCAUGGCCACAAACGCAGACUCCGACCCCGUCAUCGCAUCCUACGACGUCUACCUCACAGACUCCGAAAUCUCGCGCUACGUCCUGCAAUACCUCGACCGACCCGCCAACCAAGCCUACGACGACCGCCAUGGCCAGAAACCCACCGCGCUCCGUCUAAAGCCGCAAACGGGGCUCGUUGAGGUCGAUGUUCCGAUCAGCACGCGAGUGAAUUACGAUGUCGGGAAGGGGUUACGGUAUGGGGAUGCGAUAAAGAAGAGUCGGAGUGCGAGGGAAGGGGGUGCGUAUGGUAUGGCCGGGGGUUUCUGUGGGGGGAGUGCUGGUGGCGGUGGUGGUGGGAAGGUUAAGAUGGAGGACGGGGAUGUGGAGAUGGGAGGGAUGAAGAAGGAUGGUGAUACGGAGGAGACGGCUUCGUUGUUGAGGCUUCAGACGCUUGGUGGGAGGAUUAAGACGCCGGAGGAUGGGGAUCCGGUUUAUAUGCUUGGUGCAUUUCGGGGGAAGGAUUUGCAUCUUUCUCCUGUGUCCGCUGUGGUUCAGUUACAUCCGCAAUUACACCAUCUCGAUGCCUUGGAUGAGGUUCCUACGAAGGGGAGAGGCAAAGCCCGGAAAGAAGGCGAGGAGGAACGCGCCGCCGAAAACGAAGCCCGGACCAUUGAUGUUAAGAUCAAGGCCGCCGGCGAGGACGGAGAAGUUGCCAUGGUUGCAGGCAACCUGGAGCUUCUGAAGAAGAUGCAAGAUGAGAAGUGGAAUGCGUAUGAAUGGGUUGAUGCGGAGACCGGGGAAUCAUGGCAAACAUACGAAGGGUGCAUGAUCAAUCAGGAGAUAGAGACCCUCCCGCAGUUACAGUCCGCUGUUGAGGGUGAAGACUACUUGGAUCAGAUGAGCGCACCGCGUAUUGAUCCGGCGCAUCCGGAAUUGACCGGGUGGGCGAUGAAGCAGAAUCGGAAGAAGCAGCAAGAGGGUAGUCCGGCGGCGGAAUGAGUGGUUUAUUUUUUUGCUUGACUUAUUGUGUAAAUGCAUGGGUAUUAGAACGGUUGCAUAUAUCAUUUUGGUCCGCGUUGUUUUAUGUACAAUGUUCACUGUGGCUUCCGGUCUUUGGGAGAUGAACGGGUAUUGGUGUGUUUGACCUGGUGGUCUCUUCCUGUUCUAUAGGUAACUAGGGCCCGGAGAUAUAUAACAAAGCACCAACCGCACCUAUCGACUCAACACAUGCAUAUUUUUUCCGAUCCUGCUCAUCCGACAGAGAACCUAGAUUCAAAAAUAAUAUACAGAUGAAUGCAUCAAACGCC